AUGCAUCCAUGCGACGCCGCCGCCAUGGUAGGAGCACGGGGGGCCGAGGAUACAGUCGCUCGCAAGGAGGGCUGCACAAAAUUAGUAGGUGAGGGCGGUGACGGCGGCGACGACGGCGAGGAGCGAUCGCAGGCUGCAGCUCGGGGCCGGGCCACCGUGUCGGCGUGGGUGUCGAAGAGGGCGAGGGCAAAGGGCGGCAGGACGACGCAGAUGAGGCUGAGAGAGAUCGGCCACAGCACGUGGCCGACAAAGGGGAGAUCGGGUCGGGGCACAGGCGCCUCGGCCGAUUUGAAGCUUACGAGCUCGCUUUCGAGCAAGGGCAAGGACGGAGCGCUCGGCUGGAAGGGGGCGUGUGUUCGCUUCGGCAACACGGAGCCCGGGCUGCUCAAUUUGGUCAAAGGACGCGGCAAGUACUCGCCGUCGGGAGCGACGGCAGCGGUGGUGGCGGAGGAGGAGGAGGAGGAGGAGGCGGCGGAGGCGGAGGAGGCGGGGGCGGAGGAGGGUGCGGACGCCCCCACGGGGUCGCUCGAGACGCGGCUGCAUGGCGAUUACCGCUUCGCGCGGGAAGAGGAUGGCGACCUGCGUUUGUUCGAUUUCGAGACUUCCGGAGGCUUUGGAAAGGAUGAGGAGGAAUUGGGCAGCACCAGCGCCGGCUCGGCGCGGCUGCCGCCGAGCGUGGCCUCGCGCACGUACCUCUACGCCUUUGUCGUGGCGUCUGCGCCCGAGCUCCUCGCCCACUUUAUCCAUCAUUACCGCGAGCUUGGAAUCGAUUUUGCCGCGCGCUCGCGCUUGAUCGUGGACCCUGCGCGUGGCGAUGAGGCGACGGCGGCGUUGGCGCGCCGCGAGGCUGCGUCCUUUGCCCUCCUGCGCGAGGCGGGCGUGCCUUACUCGAACAAUACGCAGGGCACGUGGUCGAGCAAGCUCAAGUCCGUCCUCGUCAACGAGUACCUCCGCGCGCUGCCCGCGGACGCGCUCCUCAUGUACCCGGACCUGGACGAGUUCUUUUCGCUGCCCUGCGGCCUCGAGGCGAUGCUGCCGCCCGAUGCGCGCGUCAACCUGCAGGCAAAGUUCGUCGACCGGCUCGCGCCGCACUGGGCGUGCGCCCCGCAGCCGCGCCUCGUCGGCCCCUCCGGCCGCAGGCCGAUCGCCACUUCCAUCCACGCGCAGUUCCCCGUGCAGUGCGACGUCGCCGCGUUCCUGUCGUCCUCCCAGUCGUCGUCGGUGUCGCUGCUCGACGCCAAGCGGGUGCUCGUCUCCGCGCGCGACGCGCACGGCCGGCUCGUGCAGUACCGGACGGCCCACUCGGUCACGUGCGUCACGGCGGCGGGCGAGCCGGACGCGGCGCGGGCGGCGGCGAGCAAGGGCGGCCGGCCCUCUGCCUGCAAGCUGUCGCAGCCGCUGAAGACGGCCGAGAUGCCGCGCAUCGCGCACUUCCGCUUCAGCCACGAGGGCGUCGCCCUGCUGUGGCGCAAGCUCGACCGCUACCAGAGGAACAAGAGGGCUGCGGCCGAGGAGCCGCGCGACGGCGGCCGGCGCAAGGACGACGGCACGGCCCUCAAGCUCUCGGGCCGCUUCGCGACGCACGUCAAGGGGUACGCAGAGCAGUGCAAGCUCUUCAGCGCCUCGGGGGAAGGCGACGUCCGGCCGAGCCCGGCGUCCGACGGGUUCUGGUUCAGCAACAGCUCGAUCGCCGGCAUCCGUGCCACAUGCCGCCGCGAAACGGCGGGACUUGCGCAGUGCUGA